AUGGCUUCCUCGAAUCCUCCCAAUAUGGUGGAAAAAAGCGUGUGUGCAUUGUGCUCCGGGAAGUACAAAUCUCCAAGAUGUCUUCCCUGUUCACACUCGUUUUGUCACAAUUGUUUAUCGUCACACAUUUUGGGCUGUUGUAAAUGUAAGGAAUCCCCUGUGGGUUUUAAUUGCCCCGUGUGUCAGGUAUUUAUUCCAAGUAAUGGCGAGUUUGAAACUCCCGAGAGAUGGGCAGGCCUUUAUCCUGUUAAUACUAUUUUAAUGAAACUGGUUGCUUCCCCUGAACAGAAACAUUGCGCUGCUUGUAAGAGAGAUAACGAAGAAUUAGAGGCGGUGGACUACUGUUUGGCCUGUAACGAAGAACUGUGUAAAACAUGCUCAAAGUGUCACAGAAAAGGACUGACAACCUGCGACCAUAAGAUCUGUUCAUUAAACGAACUUCAACUUCAGAACAGAUCACAGCUUUCAGAAUCAAAUGUAUGUUCAAAACAUGUGGGUAGACCAGUGGAACUCUACUGUGACAAUCAUGGGGUUUUCUGUUGUGGGUUGUGUGGAGGAAUUGAGCAUAAAAAAUGUGAAAAUGUUUGCAGUAUAGAAGAGGCACUCGAGGGUUUGAAAAAGGACAAACAACAAUUAAUAGAGACUUUGCAUCAAAAUAUGACACAACACGAAGAACUGCUGACUUCAUUAAAAAAAUGA